AUGAAUACUCGCUACUUCUUCUUCUUCUUCCUCCUCCCACUUCUUCUGAUCUCAACCACGCUCUCCGACCAUGUGACUUUUUUUGGAAGAUAUGCUUGCAAUGUUGACUUCGAUACGGAUUACUGUACCCCGGACACUUAUGUCGGUCUUGCAUUCUACUACGGUACGAUCAGGUGUCUUCUGAACCGUCGAAAGGAAAGUGAACACAUUCAGGUUUGACGGAUGGUGGCGGAAUAACAAAAAAUGGUACUUUUGUGAAUUCAAAUAUCAACGUCGAGUUCUACGAUCCCACAGUCCAGGGCAACUUUUCACGUGGGGAGCAAACUGGCAACUACAUGGCGUAAGUCCCUGUGUCUGUUUUCUAAUGUAUUACUGUAGAGUAUCCACCCCGUGUUUUGCAAUGUUUUGAUCUCUAAAAGUCUAAAACGUCAUCUCGUUGUACAAUAUAACUGGCGGAAGGGAAGGGAGGUCGCGGAGACCGAGAGGAAGAGAGAACACGGCAAGUCUUUGAAAGACGAAUGACUGAUCUCCCCGACUUUGCAAGGACUUUUCAAGUUUGAUAUUACGAUAAGAGACGGUUAAAUGGGGUUGGAUAGAAGGCACGUAACCGUGUCUUAGUCGAGACUUCCAAAAGUUGACUUGAUGUACCUAAUUAUAACAGAAGGGGAACCUAGUCAUUCGAAAUUUGACACUAAUUCAAAAUGAAAGGAACUUGAUCACUUAUCAAUUGAUCGGCGCGCGAGUCAAUUUUUGAAAUACGCAAGGAACAUUUGAUCUUCGUUGAUCGAAAUUUAUUGAAAACGGAUGUGAAAAUUGGAUAAGGACAAGAAUAGAACACUUUGCAGAAGCAUGUUGAAAAUCAUGAUCGAUGACACGAACAACGAUGAUCUGUUGGCUGUCGUCGGGGUUGAGGAGGAUUGUCAGCAAGUGGCAGCUUUGGCUCAAGCCUAUGAUGCUACUAGUUUGCUUGUGGUAUUGUACUAUUAAAAUAUACCGUUUUGUACAAAAGUUUUGUUCUAGAACUGUUUUGAUCAAGUUGGAGAGGCACAGAUGCCGUCGUCCACCGCUUUAGAAAUGUCAUCGACGCAAGGGUACAUAGAGAUUUGAAGAAAAAUUGAAAUUUCAUGUUUCGAGUUUCAGCGGUAAGUAUCGAGCGUUUGCCAAACUUGCAAAAUCCGUUGGCUGGACUAAUGUGGCUGUGAUAAACUUUGAAGAGGACGGUCCCACAGACUACACCUACCAUGAUCAACUUCUGGAUGCCUUGUCUGCCGAGUCCAUUUCAGUUGGAACUUUUAAACUUUAAACUUGACUGUCUAACUCAUUUUCAGCUGGAUUUCGUUCAAAAAGGAGGCUUUUCUGCAAACUUGAACAAUGCAAUGUUCACAGGACUGGAAACUAUUAUCGACGUUGUUUUGGCAACUUAUCAGAAGACCAGAAGUAAGAAAUGUCUAAUUUUCCUUUCAAUUACUGAUGAUAAUUUAUAGUCUACGUUAUUGUGCUGACCUAUCCAGCUUCUGGAACGUUCUUCAUGAAUGUUCUUUCUACGAUGGGAUUGCUCGAGACCGGCCAGUACUUUGUUGUAAUGAUAGGGUCCGUAGACUCUGACUCUACCAAGUAUUUUGGGUUCAACACUAACAGGGGUACCUGGAGAUCCCAUUGACCAGCAGACUAAUCAAAUUAGACACUCUCAGGUAGCCAAUACUUUGGAACUAUCCGCUAUGGUGUUUCGGACUCUGAGGUCCGUCAGUACUACCGUUCCUAUUUGUAUUUCACAGACAUUCCCCAUUAUCCAAAAAGCAAGUCUAUCACAUCAUUUUGUUCGCUAAUUUAGUCAUUUGGUGUUUAGACUUUAGCGAUGACUGGGUCAAAUUCCAAACUCGUGUCAGCGGCGAUGCUGGCAAAAGCUUCUGUCCUCCGAUGUGUGAUACUCAAGUCCAGGGCAUUGCCGACAAUGAUCCGGUGAGUGCAUUGAUCGUCAGCUGAUCGGAAAACAUGUGCCACCGGAAAUGUUUGCCACAUAUUUCAGUUUUCUGAUGACGUGUACUGGUACUCGGAGAGCCCAUCGAUUGUGGAUGCCUAUGAUAUGGGACGGCUUCUCUCGGAAACUGUGAAAGUGCAUGGUGCAUCUGUUUUAAGGAAUUCGACGAGUCUGGUUGGCGCGAUGUCUGGAAGAGGAGUGACUUGUUAGAUACAAGUACUUUGGACUUUUCAGAACGUUUACUUUUCAGCAUUACUCGGAUAUGUGACAAAGUUUGACAGCAACCGCGUAUCUCAGCGGGAGUACAUUCUCUGGGCUCCGCAACAAGCUUCCAGUCUUCUCGGACCUAUUUCUCUUCCCGAAUGGGCAAAGAUAGCAGCGCAAAUGUUACCAGACGGGAAAGGGAAUUAUGUAGAGACUAAAACAUGCAAAAUCCAUUAAUUGAACAUAUGCAUGAUUUUCAGUCCAUCGUGUGGAAAAACUUGACUGAGCUGGGCAUAUACGGCGGAGCACUGCCUAAAUCCAGACCGGACUGUGGAUUCAACAACGAAUUCUGUCCAGCGAGUAUCGGUCAGUAACUUAGUAUCGUACCCAGGGUAGAAAAGCUGACUAGCAGCUGAUUGGCAUCAAAACCCAAUACAUUGUUGAACAGGUAACCUGUCAGAGAUCGAGAUCAUCCUCAUCGCUGUUUGUGUUGUCGCUAUUAUCGUGUUGGUCGGUGUGAUUGCGUAUAUUGGAAGGUACAUCAAAGUAAAGUUUUUUUGAAAAACUGCUAUGAAUUUCGUAGAUGGAUUGCUUAUGAACGAAGGCUGGAGUCCUCGUACUUUCUGGUCAGUCGAAAGCACGUUCAGCUGGUGGACAUGACCAAGUUCGGAUCGAGUAGAGGUGGAAGCAUGCUGCAAAGUGCACUUAGCAUUCGGGUAUUGCAUUGCACAAAUUCUACAUCUCUAAACUUGAUCUGCACUUCAGUCAACGUACGAAGAUGUCGGCCCGAUUGGCGGCGCUACCAUGAACUUCUACAACCAGGGAAUCCGAAAGGCAGCGAGACGGAAUCAAAUGAAGAAGACUACACAGUCGUCAUCGGCAAACAAGGACGAGUGGCUAGAAAUAGUGGAUUGGCAUCUUGCCAAGUACGAAAACACGUUGAUCACCGUUCGAAAGAUCAACAAGACUCAGCUGAAGUUGACAAGGGAAAUGAAACAGGAAGUUGACCUGGUGAUAUCAUUUCUUUGUUGGCGAACAAAAAACUGAUGAACUUUACUAUUACAGUUGAUGACCGAGACACAUGAGAAUUUGAAUAAGUUUUACGGUCUUAUCAAUGACAGCGAACUCAUUUUCACGCUUCAUUCCUACGGACCCAGAAAGAGUUUGAUGGUACCAGAAAGAGGUAUAUAAGAAAAAUUGAAACCAAUCUUUCAGGAUCUACUGAGAAAUGAAGAUCUCCGCCUGGACCGGAUGUUUAGAGUUUCUUUCGUUGAUGACAUUUUGAAAGGCUUGCAGUUUCUUCAUGAUGAUUCGAAAAUCGGAUAUCACGGAAAUCUGAAAAGCUCCAACUGUAUCGUGGACGCAUACUGGCGGGUUAAGCUGAGCAAUUAUGGAAUGGAGCAGAUUCGUUUUGACGAACCGACGCCAAAACCUGAUGGUAACGCUGUCCGUUCUGCAAAAGUUCAUUCAAUAUUCUAUCUUCUUAAGAUUUGCUAUGGUUCGCACCGGAAAUCAUACGUCGUUAUGCUGUAAAACACGAUUUAUCAAAAACGGAACUUGCGAAAUCUGACAUCUACUCGUUUUCUAUCGUAUUGUAUGAAAUUUAUGGCAGACAGGGACCGUUUGGAGAUGAUCUUCUUGAAUCUGACGGUACUUAGUGAAAGAGGAGGGAUGAGGAAGAUGAAAACUUUUCAGCUAUCAUUGAUCAAGUAAAGUUCCCUGAUGGUGGAGCUCUCUGCCGUCCGGAUAUUCAUUUGGUCACCAAAGCUCCUUAUCCCGUUUCGAAAGUUGUUGAACAGUAAGAAUUCAGAUCGAAUUCUGCUGAAUUAUGAUUCCAUCUAUUCAGAUGUUGGGCUGAAGACCCGGAUAGUCGGCCAAACAUCAAAAAAGUUCGAGAACUUUUGAAACCUCUCAGCAAAGGACUGUGAGUUCUUUACACAAUAACUCUAAAGAUGAUACGUUUUAGGAAAGGAAACAUCGCCGACAAUAUCAUGCAACUCUUGGAUCGCUAUCGAAACAACUUGGAAGACGUGAUCAGGGAGAGAACCGAGCAGCUGGAAGAUGAAAAGAAGAGAAAUGAGAACUUGCUACUCCAAUUGCUUCCCAGAUCAGUGGCCAACAGUCUCAAGAACGGACAGCCAGUCGAAGCAGAGUUCUUUGACAGUGUAUCCAUCUACUUCUCUGAUAUUGUCGGCUUCACCGCAUUGAGCAGCAAAAGUACCCCAUUGCAAAUCGUCAACAUGCUCAACAAUUUGUAUACUAAUUUUGACACUAUUAUUGAUAAGUUUGAUUGCUACAAAGUGAAUUCAAAUCUAGAUUUUUUAAUCUGAUUCAAGACGGUUCAGGUUGAAACAAUUGGAGAUGCUUACAUGUUCGUUUCGGGUCUUCCGGAACUCAACAGUUACUUGCAUGCCGGAGAAGUUGCUUCCGCUAGCUUGGAACUUCUGGAUAGCAUCAAAGUUUGACAGAUUCUAAAGUUAUGUAUGAACAACAAAUAGUUUUCAGACAUUCGUUGUGAGUCAUAUGCCUGAUGAGAAGCUUCGGCUGAGAAUCGGAAAUCAUUCUGGACCAGUCGUGACUGGAGUCGUCGGAAUCCGCAUGCCUCGUUAUUGUCUGUUCGGAGACACUGUUAUUGUCGCAAACAACAUGGAGAGCAGUGGAGAACGUAGGAAACUUUAGGACAUUUCAUUGUAGAAAACGCAUUAUGUUUUCAGCAAUGAGAAUCCAAAUCUCAAGUGACGCUUACGACCUUAUUCUCAAAUGUGGCGGUUACGUCACGGAGCAACGCGAGAAAAUAGUGUUGAAGAACAAAUUGGAGGUGAUGACGUACUGGAUGAAUGACUAUUCUCGUGAUGCCCGAUUGGCUAGACUCAUCCAACUUCAAGACAAAUUCCCACAUUUGGAAUCUUUGAUUCAUAAGUUCAACAAGGGAGUGCGAUAA